AUGGAAGUUGAUAUAAAGAUUAGAAAGGUUGAAGUUCCUGAGAAUACUUAUGAUACCCUAGUUCUGUGCUACGACGGAGAAGAAGUUAUCUUUAAGGACAGAGCUGUCAUGACCUUCAAGACAUUCCACCAUACGGUUAUAGGCGACAGCAGGAUUCUUCUAAUGAAAAACUCAUUCCCUUGGGAUUUAUGCAUGGGCUUUGUACUCUUAAACCAUUGCUUUUUUAGAAACGGAGAUGAAAAGCAAGAGCAUACUCUGGACAUUUAUCACGGAAGAUAUCGCGAUAAGGCGAGUAGCUACGACUUCGAGCCAAAGGAAGUUAUAGGGAAGCUCCAUUAUACGUUUGGAAGAAAGAUAUAUGAUGAAAGAGAUAUGCGAGAGGAGGAUGAGAUAAGUGGAUUUGUUCAGAAGGUUUUUGGGUUCUUCUUUAGCAAUGAAAAAGCAGGGACCAUUCUAAGCAUAAAGAAGCUAGUGGAUUACGUUAAUCGCGGAAGCCACGGAUGCAGACUGAACAUACUGUUUGGAGGUCUUCUGGUCGAAAAGACCAUAGCGGAGAUCAAUGCCCGGUUCACCAAAAACAUAGACUUGGUCUUGGAAGUAAGCCAUGAGGAACUUCCAAGGGUUUUUGAUGAAGCAAACGGCAGAAGGAGCUUUUCUCCAUCCGAGGGGGGCAUAAAAGAAGAUAAAGAGAAUGAAAAAAGGCUGUUUAGGUUGAAACUUCCUACUCACUGUUCUUUAUGUGAAAAGGAUGGUAGAGAUGAGAGUUCAAUAUGCAUCCCAAGUAUACUAUCAAGCAAUGGAUAUUUGUUGUGCAAUUUGGAAAUGCUUCGGAAGAUAAAGAGAUUAUUUUACUUUGCUAUGGGAUCGUAUGCAAACAGCUGGCCUAGUAUGUUUCUUAGGCCUCAGGCUUCUGUUGGUGAAUCGGUCUCAGAUGAAAGGAGAGCAGUACUCAAGCUCCUAGGGAUAGAAAACAAAGACCUACUUUGCAUGCAUUUAGAGCCCUCAGAGGUUGUUCAGCACAUAAUCUUCCACGAUAGAGAAAAUGAAAGGGUUGUAAUUUCAUUUAAGGGAACCACAAACUCCGAAGAAACAAUUCAGGACAUAAACUGUGAAUAUGCUGAAUUUAGCAAUGGAUUUGUGCAUAACGGAUUCAAAAGGCUGUCAACUCAUUUUAUAAAUAAUCACAUAAAUUCUGUUGAAAAGAUCUUAGGAGAUAUUGGAUCCAAGAAGCUUCUACUUCUGGGGCAUUCUCUUGGAGGGGCGAUUUCUAUCUUGGUUAAGAUAAUGGUGGAGGAGAUGGGGUUGCUAGAAAAUGUAGAUGUAGAAGCAAUUGUUUUCUCAAGUCCGCCAGUAGUCUCCGAAGAAAUAGCAUCUAGAUUUGCCAAAGGGAUAACUGUGAUAAUCUAUGGAAACGAUAUAAUACCAAGAAUGAGUUAUGGGAGUGUGCUGGACCUUAAAUUCCUGUGUUGCUCGAUUGGGGAGAAACAUGGGCCAAUGGACUCGUGUGGAGAGAUGGAAAAGGACAUGGAUCUAAUUUUGACCCAUCUUAGGCGCACAAAUCUGUAUCCAAAGCUUUACCUACCUGGAGAACUAGUGCAUAUGAAAAGAAUACGGUGCUCUCUUAAUAAGAAUGAGAAUCCCAUGGUUACCUUUAAGCUUGUGGAGAGGAGGUUUUUUGAGCAGAUUAUUCUUGUAAAACAUGCACCAAAGCAUCACAUGGUGGGGCACAUAGCAUCUGUUAUUGACCAUGGGAUUUCAAUGCUCGAGAAGAGAGAAUAUAUAAACAGUAACUGGGUGUAG